GUUUCAUUUCUGUGGAACAGCUCCACCCCUCUGUCUCUUAUAGCUUGCAGUCCUCAGUGUAGGUUUCAUUUCUGUCUAAAGUCUCAUCAGUGCCAGAGCUCUGUGUGGACAUCAUGGUCUCUCCAACCAUAAUAACUGCUGCAGUCGGAGCAGCCGUCUCUGUGCUGGCGGCUCCAUUCAUGCUGUCCGCUGUCGGUUUCACCACCGGGGGCAUCGCUGCGGGGUCCACCGCAGCAUCAAUGAUGUCAUCAGCAGCCGUCGCUAACGGUGGCGGUGUGGCGUCUGGAAGCCUCGUUGCCAUCUUGCAGUCUUUUGGUGCGGCCGGCCUUACUAAAGCGGCCACAGCUGCCAUCGCAUCUGCUGGAGCUGCGGUCGGUGGAGUGGCCGGAGGAACGGCCGGAUGGGUGGUCAGGCUGUUCACAGGCUGAAACCUAGUUUUUAACAAGAAAACACUUGGAAAUAAAUGAAGUGCUUGCAUGUUGGCUGAAAUAAAGCAGAAUCAUGCAUCCUG